CUGCAGUAUUGCCCUGCAGCUCCCGAACCACGACACCGUUAGGAAAACCAAUGGCUCCUAGCACCCCUAGCUGGCAUGUUUGUUUGAGCAGAUCACAUCGGACCUUCAACGUCUCCUGAGCCUUUACGCCCACGUGAUGAAUUAUUUUUACUGGGCUCGCCAGACUGUGCCUUCCAUUCACUGCUGGAUCAGAAUGAACGUUGUAAAGGAGAUUCAAAGGAUCAAUGAACGAGAAGCUGAUCGCGGUUAUUCAGAAUCCAGCUCGUGGCAUGCUCAAUACAAAGACAGUGCGUAUGUCUUUGUGGGUGGAUUAGCCUACGAUCUCACUGAAGGCGACGUCAUUUGCAUAUUCUCGCAGUUUGGCGAAGUGAUGAAUCUCGAUAUGCCUCGAGAUAAACAAACUGGUAAAACCCGAGGCUUUGCAUUCUUACAAUAUGAGGAUCAGCGUAGUACCGUACUAGCGGUCGACAAUCUCAAUGGGUCUAAAGUCCUUGGACGAGUACUGCGAGUGGACCAUGCCCAAAAGCCUAAACCCAAGAAGGAUGAAGAAGGCAAUUUGCCUGAUGAACCUAGUCUGAAUGCUGCACCACCACUAUUAGAUGCUUCAAGCUCGGAUGAAUCGGAAGACGAUGGUAUCGAUGAAGAGGAUCCGAUGGCUGCCUAUCUGCGGAAAAAGGAAAAGAAGAGAAAGAAGAAGGAACAAGAAAAGAGAUCGACCAGCUCACAAAGAAGAUCCAAUGGAAGACAUACAGCGUGAUCAAGAUGCUAAACCGUCCACAGCAGUCGACAAGUCUGAAAGACGAGAGCGACCCAGUCGGUACUCUCCUCCCCAAGAGCGUCGAAGAGACGAUAGUCGUGACCGCUACCGACGUCGGUCCCCAUCUCGUGAUCGUUACCGUUCCAGAACACGUAGUCGUAGUCCUGAUCGCUAUAGAAGAUAUCGUCGAGAUAGUCGCAGCCGUUCUCCUCCACGGCGACGGUAGUAUAUAUUUAUACCAAAAUUGAGAGGUUUACUUUGUCAAUGUAGAUAAUAAUAAGAUUUGGAAAAAAAAAAA